AUGGGGGAAACGGCCACUGUUGUAACCAAAGACAUGGAGUUUCACAUGGAACGCAUAAUGAAGCAUGAUCUGCUCUUUCCGGCAUUUGUGGGUACAGUGUUAAUGUUUUUGGUGCUUCCUAAUGCGGCGGGUACAACCUUAAGCAAGGCAGAUCAGCCAGGAGUUUCUUUUCAAGACUGUAAUGGAACUGACUGGAAGAAAACUUAUCCUAACCUGGAUUUUGUACUUCUUGGUUACGAUAUCCUGCAAGGCAAUCCCAUUGCCAAAUACGACCCUGGCUUUACCCAUCCAAUAUUCAGAGCCAACUACUCAGAGCAACGACAAAGUGCGGACUGUCGUUACAGGUUCCCAGCAGGUUUCACAGUUUACCCCAGCCAGUAUUGCUCGGUGUCAUUUGCGUCUAGACUAGUUCAGAAUAAGAAAGAAAUGACCAAACUCCUUGGAGCCUCGGCACGUGUCGAAGUUGCUGCCAUUAAUGUCAUUAUGUAUUCAGGUGGAGGAGAAUUGGAAUUUCAGUUUUCUGCCAGUGCAGACCUCAAAAGAGAAGUAGCUGAAAUGAAAUCGGGAAAGUAUGUGCGAAUCAUUUCUAGUGCACAGUGUCAGCGUUAUCGCAGUAACAUUGACCUGGCGAGGCCUCCACCGUUUGAUCCAGGUUUUAUUGAGUGGGCAAACAAACUAGCAGAUUCAAGUGCAAGUGAAGGAGAUGUUUUACAAUUCAUAAAAUACUACGGAACUCACUUCUUCUCAGACGUCACAUUUGGAGCAAAGUUCAUUCAAAGCCACAAGAUAAGUCAAGCAGAUCUAGAGAAAUUAAAAAAGGAAUCAAUGAGUGUGGAAGCCCAGGCGAGCUACUCGGCUCUAUUCAGUGUCGGUGGUGGAUCGUCCAUGGAUAGCGAUCAAAGAAACGCUGCAACAAAGUUUAUGAAGAAUGUAGAUUGCACGACCACCCCCGUUGGGUCCGUCCCACCCAGCAAUGGAGACGCUGCGACUUGGGCAACAUCAGUUCAAUCGAACCCUGUCCCUGUUAUGUACACUCUGCUUGGUAUAGAGAACCUGUUCAGCGAUCGUUUUACCAGAAAUCUUUCACCUAAAGUUAACUACGUUGGUCUAAAGAAGAAAUUGGCUGAUGCUGCGUAUAAACACUGUCAGGUUUUGAGGAAGCAUGGUAAAGUCCCCUCUUGCAGCUUUAAAGUUAAGAUUGAAGGACAUGGAAUUGGGUUUGAAGAUAAAGUUUCAGAGUACAUCCGAGACAUAGACAGAGACUCGUGUGAAGAAAUGUGUCUUGACAUCGCUGAUUGCGUGGCUGUUGAAUACCGCAACUCUUCUUCAACAACAGUUUGCACACUUAGGGAGAAAAACGCUAAUGGGUUUAAAAUAGUUAAUAUUAAGAAUAGUCAAAUAAUCGUAUUUCUUUCAAAAUUGGCAACUGGAAAAGUUUCUCUAUCAUUGAACCCUGCACGCCUAAAAGGAAACGCCUUUUGGAGUUAUUACACAAGCACUGAACGAAGAUGCAUCAGUGAGUGUAAAGAGAGAGCGGAAUGUGAUGGUUACUGGCUCAAUCGGGGCAGGUGUCAUUUGAUGUCAGUUCAAGAUAUGACAGGGAUUGAGUUCGCUUCUUAUGAGUAUGCUGGAUUUCUACCCAGAUUUUAAACCUUGAAAGCAUCUUACCUCCUAUUAGGCACUGGUCAUUGAUUAUCGCUGGGAGGUGUCGGAGGAUUUUGGCUCUGUAUGUGUCAUGAUAAAAUUUACCUGACUGAUCCGACUGAUCCCCCUCCGUUCCCCCUGAAAAUCAUG